AAAUCACAAACUAAAAGAUUUAGAGACAAUAUAUUCAGAGAAAUUCACUCUAUGUCGUGAAAAAGUCAAUGAAAUACAUCAGUAUUUUAUCCCAAAUUCACAAGGUAUGCAGAGAGAUAUACAAGAAAAUAUCAAAGAUAUAAAAGACAUCAUGGAUGAUAUAAGAAGAUUAAUGAAGAAUGAAACCGAGGCGCUAAAAUGUGUGCUGGAUACAGUGUUGUCAGAUAAAACAGGACAAGUUAACGAAAUGGAACAUUCAACAAUUGAAAAUCUUCAAUGUCAAGACAAAACGUGUCAAGAUUACAUCUCCUAUCUUAAAGACCGUGUCAAAGAGUUCAAUGGCUACCUGUCAUCUUCUAAACUUAGUAACAAUCCACUCAUUUUCUCUCUUUCUGAUCAGCUAAAAAUCAAUCCGAUACCGGAGACCACCACACAAGUCCCUCCAGAAUUUACUGCUGGUAAAUACAACAAGGAGGAUGUCACCAACUUUUUGGUAGAGUAACUGUUCCUGACACUACUACAAAGAACAGAAAAAUGAAACCCACGGAGACUGCUUCAACAAAGCAUUAUAGUACAAGAGACUGGACACCAAUCAGCAUACACUCCUCCCACAUCAACGGGGACAUGCUGGUGGGGAUGAGAAAGGAUGGUGGAGGGGCUAGAGUCACCAGGUACAACAAGAAAGGAGAAGAAAUACAGAACAUACAGAAGGACAACAAAGGACAGGAACUGUAUGGUACAACACACUACAUCACAGAAAACAUCAACGGUGAUAUCUGUACAUCAGAUUAUGACAACAAAACCGUAGUGGUGGUAAAUAAAUCAGGACAACGCAGAUUCUCCUACACUGGUCAGAGGUCAAAGAGGUCAAAGAAAUCCCCCCUAUGGUAUACGUAAUGAUGUCAUCGGUCACAUUCUGGUCUCUGAUUUUAUGAGGACUCUGUUCAUAUUUUAGAUCAGAACGGUAAAUAUUUGUCAAAACUACUCACACCACAAGAAUUAGAUUGUCCCAUAAGUUUAUUGGUGGAUGAUGAGAACGAUAUUCAUGUUGGACAAUGUAACACUAACAAAGUGACAGUGUACAAGUAUUUACAAUGAUAUUUCGCAUAAGAAAAGUAUUGAAUAUACAUACAUGUAUGAUAUUCAUGUUAUUUAUAUAGCUAAUUAAAAUAAACUAUUUUCAACAAA